CUCCUCUCCGAACAGGCUUCCUUGGGAAUCACAGAAUUCUGGCAAAGGAGAGAAAGAUGGUAAAAUGACAGUGAAGGGAGCACAACGCCUUCGUGGUGGUGAGACCAGGACAUCCUCCCCUGCCCGGCCAGCGUGUGUCCUGUUGUGAGCACCGCUUUUACUGUGUGCAAACACAGUAAGAAGCGUAAGAUGCUACUGAGCAGCCUGAGCACGUCAGGGAUCAGCUGAUUGGUGCAAAGGGCUAAACGAAAGCAAAAAUAAGGAUGAGUGUGUGGGGCUGAAUCUCAGCUUUAAGCAGGAGCCCAACACCAGGAGGAGGUGGCUGCUGUAACAAACAGGUUUCCACCCAACUUCUUUGUGGGUUUUCUGCUAUUUUUCUCCCAGGGACCAGGCUGGUUCCUGUGGCACCGAGGGGCGAUGCCCCUGCCAGGGAGGUGAUGCAAAGAAACACUGGAGCAUCCUGACUCAGCACCGCAGCAGUGGGAGACCCGUAGGAAAGACACGGAGCGUCUUCUCUUGGCAUCAGGGCAUGCAUAUGCCAGGGGAUGAGCGAGGAGCAGCUCCCUCCAUCUGCCCACUGCCCCACCAGGCGGGAGGACACCAAUGUCUCAGCCUCUGCCUACCCUCAGUACUGGGUUGAGCCACGGUUCACGCGAGCAGCGAAGGUCCGUGUGAUCAUCACAGCCAUCUUCUUCCUGCUGGCGGCGGGCAGCAACGCGGCGGUGCUGGGCAGCCUGCUGAGGAAGAGGAGGAAAUCCCACGUGCAGCCGCUGAUCCUCAGCCUGGCUCUGGCCGACCUGCUGGUGACAGUGACGGUGAUGCCCCUGGACGCGGCGUGGAACGUGACGGUGCAGUGGUAUGGAGGGGACAUCUCCUGCAAGGUCCUCAACUUCCUCAAGCUCUUUGCCAUGUACGCAGCCGCCCUGGUGCUGGUGGUCAUCAGCCUGGACCGGCACGCGGCCGUGCUCCGUCCCUUCUCCCGCGCUCACCGCCGCAAUGGGAUGCUGCUCCGCGCCGCCUGGGCCGGCAGCGUGCUCCUGGCUUUGCCCCAGCUUUUCCUCUUCCACUUGCACACGAUUCCGGGAGGGAACUUCACCCAGUGUGUCACGCACGGGAGCUUCCGGACGCACUGGGAGGAAACUGUCUACAACAUGUUCACCUUCACCACCCUCUACAUCACCCCCCUGAGUGUCAUGGUUGUUUGCUACAUCAGGAUCCUUUGGGAGAUCAGUAGGCAGCUAAAGAUCAAUAAAGGUUUGACAAGAAGUCAAAAUGACCAUAUCUCCAAGGCACGCAUGAAGACUCUCAAGAUGACCAUAGUGAUUGUUGCCACCUUCAUCAUCUGCUGGACCCCAUACUACCUCCUGGGCCUGUGGUACUGGUUCCAGCCAGCCAUGAUCCAGAAGAUGCCAGAGUAUGUCAACCACAGCUUCUUCCUCUUUGGCUUGCUGCACACCUGCACAGACCCUGUCAUUUAUGGACUCUACACCCCCUCCUUUCGGGAGGACGUGCAGUUGUGUCUCAGGGGCAUCGAAACAGCUAUCACCAGGCACAAGAGACACAAACCCAUCUCAGCCUCAGGGAAGAACAUCAAGGAUGGUGCUGUAAAUGGUGGAGUGGCCUCAGGGGGCUCCAAUGGGACAACUGUCAGUGCAGUCUGAUGGAGAGACGUACCCACAAGGAGAAGGGAGGCACAGCUUUGGGGCUGCUUUGUCCCAUAGGAUCAUUCUGCAGACUGUUCUAAGGAGGUUUGCCACCCAGCUUUGGUGGGUGAGGGUCUCUGGCCAGGAACAGGCAAUGUAUCUCCUGACUGUACUCAGGGUGAAAAACAUUUGGGGGUAUUUAUGGUCAUUCUGCCAUAUUCUGGCAGCCCUGUGACAACUAGAAAAACAUCCUUUUCGUACCCUACGCAUGCUCUAUCCCUGAUUCUGGGGUUAAGCUUCUGCACACUUCCAGCAUCCACCCCUGGGAGGAGACUGGCCAUGUCCUCUGUGGUCCAGGGCCAUGUCCAUGGGGUGUCCAGUCUUCAAGUGCCCCUUGCACCUACACCCUGGUGUGGAGAUGCGUGGAUGGUGUCACCCUGAGGCUGCAAAGGUGCAAUCACAGGCUUUUACUCCGUUUUCUCCACCCACUGUAGGAAAAGCUCCCUGGAAAUUUUGGAUCUCCUGGCUCAGAGCCUGCCUGGCUCUCCCAUGGCUGUGUGACAAGCCCUGGGAAAGAUCUAAAUAUCUGAGGGUUGACUAAUGCAAGGGCAUUAGUUCUGUGGGGAUGGAUUGGCUUCGACAAGAAGGGUAUAAAGAACCACAGGGGGAUAGGUAUAGGGUGGGGGUUCUUCUCCCUUUUGGAGAUAACCUGAAGGGAAAACAGUCCCUGCUCCAUGUUCUGGUGGGCAGGGGAUGGUAUGGACACAUCCUUACACAGCAGUUUGGGACACAGGGCUGACCAGGAGGGAGGGUGUUUGGGGUAAUCAGAGAGUGACAACCAGACAUGACCCUGCCCAGGACCCCUCUGGACCUCUCUGUCCCCAUGUCCCAGGGCACGAGCUGGCAGGUUGCAGACCACUUGCUGGACACAUUUGCUUUGCCCAGUGCCAGUCCAGUGCCAGCUCUUUGGCUUUGCCCAAGCAGGGGAGGUGCAGACACCCCACAGGUGAUGCCAGAAGUGUCCCAACAGGGAAACAGCUGGUGGAUGGAGGGGCCCAUCAGUACUUAUCAGUGCCAGGUGAGGGCUGACGCUCUUUGGCUGCUCUGUGAGGGCAAAGGAGGCUUCUGGAGGAGUCAGCUGAGCUGUGGUGAGUAAGAUGGGUUAUUUGCUUUCUACCAUUAUGCCAAAAGGUUGCUUGAGAAUGUGGAGGUCUCUUCUCUGGGUAUGCAUUGAAGAGAUGGGUGUUGUCCUUUCCGGGUAAUUAGAAAUAGUGGAUUAUUUCUUUUUUCAUUCUCUGAUGAUUGUUAUUAAAUGUGUUUUUUCCUUUUGAAGAGAAAUUUAGUUUUGAGCCAGGUAGGUUGUUGGGUUUCUUUUUUUAGUUUUGUGAAACUUUGGGCAGUCAGGAGCUCUGGACUUGGCAGGAAGCACUUCCUUGGCUGUUUUUGUGGCCACCUCAGCUUUGAACAUGCAUCUGGACUUUAUCAGGAUGAAAGAGCUUUGUUUUAAAAACAACUCUUGGCUUGCUGUGGUUGCAUGUGUAGGGAGCUGGAAGAUGUCUCUGCCCAAGAAAGCAAAUUUCCCUUGGGUAUUGAGGGGGCUUUUUCUCAAUCUUGUCUCCAAGAGGGGAUGGCUCCCCAUCAGUCAGAAAGGAUCUGCACUGGUCUCCCAGAUAACAAAUUAUUAAAGCUGGAGGGGUGGUAAGCAGUCUUUGCAGGCUCACUGAGGCUGGGCAAUGAGGACACGGGAAGCAGAGUGCUCAGGGUUAGCUGUAGUCUGGUGUUGGGCACUUGCCUUUCCCCAUGCUAACAAUUUAUGCUAAAUACGCUGACCAAGAAGAAAAAAAAAAUCAAUUAGAACUGCAGGAGCCCAGACCAACUGGUGGGGAUUAGUGUGAGCCAUUUAGGAAGCAUCCAAACUCCAACAAGAUGACUAAUCACAGUAUGACUUUCCUGGGCUCAUCCUGCUCAAGGUUAAUUACACAAUGCAGGGGCUGGCUGAUGCCAGGCUGGCAAAAAUGGGCCUCUUGUAAGGUGGUGGAGAUGGCUGGCAGUAGAAGAAGCUAUACUCAUCAGCACUCCUUUGGUCUCUCUGUUUAUGUUGCUUAUGAUGGCUGAUGGGAGGCAGAACUUGAAGAUGUGCUGAUUUUUCUGGCAAGCCUUCAAUGAGCAGGAAAGUGUCUUUAAUCUACUGAAAACUUUCUUCAUCUACUUCUUGCUGAGUGAGAGGGGGCAGGUCUGGCAUUGCUCAUGCACUUAAGACCAUGUGUCCUCUCUUGCCCAGCAGCAGAAGAGCUUUGGAGAUCUCUGAGGAGCAAGAAGCACUUUUUCUCUUCUGUGAGGGAUCCACCACCUUUACAUCCCAUGGGUACAGUGAGAGGGCUGAAGCAGGUUCGGCUUGAGGUGGACUCAAUCUUAGAAUCCUCUAGGUUGGAAAAGACCUCUAUGAAGAGUAGGAAAACUGGGAUGCUGGUUAGUAUACAUACCUUGGUCCUUAGGGGAAGCAUGGCACAUCCCUGGGGAUGCUUGUGGGCACUCCAGCGCUGUUCCUUUUGCCCACCUCUUUGAUAUCUUCCCUCCUGUUGCUGGUGCUCAAAUGGAGAUUUUGGGAAGCCUGGAGAGUGGGCAAGAUGCCCAAAGUGACAGUUUUCAUGAGAGAAGGAAAAUGUCACUGGAAGAGUGUGCUGCCAAGCCGUGUGCCCACCACAUGCGGGAAGGGGGAGUGAGCACGUGGGCAGCACCUCCCUGGGGGAGCUGGGAUUAACCUGGGUUUGGGUCCUGUCACUGGUGGACCAAAGCUAGGCCUGGUUUGGAUAUUCCUCUAUUUCUGGUUCUGCUUUUCUUAAAUUUGCUCAUACUGCAGAGAGCACAUGAUUUUUGCAUCACUUACCAGGAGCAUGAAUCCCAGAGCCUCGCUUCUCCCUGCCCUGGGGGUGGUCCUGCUUUCUUCAGAGGUUCCCUCUCUCCCCACAUUGCCUCAAACCCCUGGUUUCCAACAGCCCUUCUCCUCAGCUGGCUCCUGAGAUCUCCAUACAUAUAUAUAGUG